AUGGACUCACCGAUAGAUAUACAAACGGGUAAUGAAUACGCUGAUGAAGAGUUGGGUCUGUUAAAGACUCAGCCAGUUAUUCAAAAUUAUGAACAACUAAAAGCAUCAAAAGUGGCCCAGCCAAGUUUGUUGGGAUCGACUGCGGUGUGUAAAGAAAUGGACGAAACAAAUGUCACGGACGAAUUGGUUACUGGUUAUAAUUGUCCACAAGCUGUGGAUAGAGCAAACAACUCCAAAAACACUUCUCGUUUACGUAUAAAACCACCUGCUGACGUUUCACAAAUAAAAGUAGAAAAGUCACAAGCAUCGAAAAAUUCCAGACCUAAUUUGUGCAGUUCUCGAAGUAUUCAAAAUUUCUCGAGAAAUAAACGAGAUUCUUUGCUAACACGCGACAUGACUCAACCUCAGUUAACUAGAGGACACUGUAAUGAAUUAAUACCUCAACAUUGCGCUGAAGAAGCUGAAUAUUACCAUCCGACUUGUUCCAAUCAAAAUUUCUACUUCUCAGUACCUUCUAGUUUAAGUCAGCACUGUUCAGACUACUGUCAGCACUGUUCAGAUGUUUAUGAAAAUAUGAGAAAUGAUUUAUACUGUGGUGGUAUGUGUAAAAUUAAUGACAAAUCAGGAAGAAUUGGUAAAACUCAUAGAAAUGGACCGGCAAAAGAUGAAGAAGAUGAAGCUACUCAAAUAUCUCACAGUAGUUGUCAGAAGACAGCUCGUUGUUCAAAAUCUAUCCAUCAGCGACUACGACCGGAAAGAAAUUUUUCUAAAUCAAACGCAUACACAUACCCAAAGUGCAUUUGCAAAGGAAUUUGUGAGCAAUGGAACCAAAAGCGCCACCGCAUAAAGCCGUCCACUGUUAAUGUUCUAGAAAGAAAACACCACGCUUCCAGCAAAAUGCUAUCAGCGCCAAAUCAUCACCAUAAAUCAGGAUGCAGACGUACAGUUCAUAUAAUUGCUGGACCAAAACAAUACGAUAGGUCAAAGCGUUAUGUUUUGAAAUGCCGCAGCUGUGAACGACAUAUUUUUCAUAAAUACUGCAAUGGUAGGAAUAGCGAUGUCCGUCAUUAUUCGAUUUAUCAUCCUUACAACAACAGCAGAAAUCAUUCAAGCUACCUUCGCCAUAUCUAUUACUAUAAACAUCACUAA